AAACACAUACUACAACAAGGUUUUCUUGAAAAAGAAAAAGAAAUGGCACCAAGAGGAAGACCUCGAAAGCGCGAUAGUCGAAUGUCUGCAGCCGUUGAUGCAAUGGCGCCGUUUGGGUUUAGUGAAAAGGUGGUCGUAGAUAAGAUGAAAGAGCUUCUUAAGGUAUACUCCGGGGAAUAUAUGUUCAUUGAAUCUGAUGCCUAUUCUGUGCUACUGGAAGCCCUUAUUGCUGAUCAAGGUAAUGAGAACCAUCAUGAGCAAAAACAAAAAGAAAUUGCACAAGGAAAGGCAUCAACAAAGAUGAAUGAGAUCAUUGAGAGCAAAAGCGAGAAAGAAGGCCUUGUGAUUUCACCCCCUACUGGGUUUGUCGACAUUCAAGUAUGUUCAUCCACUCCUGUUCCUGCCCUUCCACCACCAUUGUCACCUAAACCCUUGGUUGCCCCUAUACCACCAUCACCACUGCCACUGCCUGUUCUGGAUGCUGUUCUACCUCUGCCGCCGCCACCAUUACCACCAUCAUUACCACUACCACCUCCACCUCCACCACCUGUCAUGACUGCCACCUUUCCAACUUCUGAAACUACUCAACCACGAAGAAGAAAACCAUAUCAUGGUUGGAUUGGCAGAGAUGAUGACGAUGAUGAUGAUGGGAAAGAUGAUUGGAAGUUUAUAAACCUACAAUCAUCAUUCGGCCAUCUGAUUUCACCACCAAGAACACCACCAGAAUCACCACUAACACAAGAGGCACUUCCAAAGUUUAUCAGUUGGAGUAAGAACUCACGAAAGCGCAGAUCAAGGUGGGAUGUGAAGCCUGAAGACCUUUAGUUAUCAUCUCUUCCAUUGGCAAGGUUUAAAUUUUGUUCACCAACCAAACAGUGUUUAGUGCAGCAGAUAUUGAUAGACAGAGCAGUUAAAUAUUUGAACUUAACAGAUAUCUGCAGAACUGUUGAAACUGCAGAAAUUUUGAUGUGUUCACAAUUUGUAAAUGUCCAAUCUGGGUAUAGCUGGUGAUGUAGUUCAGAGUUUGCUACCAGUUGUUCUUCUGAGACUAUUUCGAUUCUAUGUUUCUUUUUGAAAGUAUCGAUUUAGGUAUGCUGAUUUGUAAAUUGUA